CGGAAGGGAAAGGCCGCGGAUCCGGGUCGGGGAGUCCGGGAGGUGCCGGGCGGAGAGCAAGGAAACAUGAGUUGGGCAGGGAGGAAAAGAGGAAAGCCCAACAGAGGAGGAGGACGAGGGAGAGGAGGCGGUGGAAAACGAGGAGGCAGCAGUAGCCAUUCAAACAAGUCUCAGCUUGGUGGAAAUAGGAAAUGUUCAACCAAAAUCUGGGAUGAUGGAGAUGAUUUUUGUCUCUUUGAGGAACCAAGGCUAGAAUCCAGAGUAAGUGCCUCUGCCAGAAGAGGAGGACAAAUGAAGCAGAGACCUGAAGCAAAAAUGCCUCUGCAGACCAUACACAUGACAUCAGAGAACCAGAGAAGAGUGAAAGAACUUCUUCAAGAGCUGCAAGGGCAGGAGCUGGCUCCUGAAUCAGAUGUAGCUGGAGGAGAAGAUGAUGAGCCCGAUUACCUCGAUGAUGAACAGUGCUGGUCAACAGAGCAGGAAGCUUCUGAUGUAAUGCCAAGGUUGUCUGCUAAGCCAGCUGAGCACAGAAUUGUAGACAGUGAAGUGUCUUCAUUUGCUGUGCACAAACUCUCCAGGUAUGGUUUUGACUGUGAGCGUUGUAGGGCAGUGCUGAGAUCUUGCAAUGGCAAUAUUGGGGCAUCAUUGGAGUAUUUGCUAUUGCAGUGCUUCUCUGAAAGGUUUGGAGAGAAGAUGCAGGUUUCUGCAGCAGCUGCUGAAGCCAGUCAGGAGGAAUGUUUAGAGCAGAGACAAGAAGAAGCUUUUGCCCUCCGGUCAAUUUAUGGAGAAAAAUUUGUAGAAAGAAUUAAAAAUCGUGUUUGGACUUUUAGUUUGGAAUUGGACUACCUAGCCCACAGGCUCAGAAAAUCUAAACAAAACAGUACAAGGGAUGCAACAAAAGAGACUUCAAAGGAAAUAUGUAAAUUUUACUGCCAAGGAGGCUGCAGAUUUGGUUCAAAAUGCAGAUUUAGACAUGAAUUCCCUCCAAACCAUCCACUAAAUGCUUCCAAGAACUUUGUAGACGAUGCUCAUCUCAGACAUAGUGAUGGUCCUGUAUAUGAACUUGAAAUAAGAUUUCCUGAUGAGAACAAGUAUCCUCUUCAGGCACCUCUUGUGGCAUUUUACUCCACUGACGAGAAUCUGCCUCUUGCUUGUCGUCUGCACAUCGCUGAAUUCCUCUUUGGAAAGGCCUUGGCAGCUGCAGAGUCUCAUGAGCCAGUGGUGUACACCUUGGUGACUUGUUUAGAAGAUGAACAUGAGAUCAGUGAGCUACUGAGCAAUACUCAACACAAGUUCAGUGUUCCUCCUGUGUCCCUCCUGGCAGCACCUCCUGUAAGGCCACAGACAGAGAGUGCACCUGCUUCAAAUCAACAAGCUGAAGCCUCAACAGUGUCAGAGACUCAGGAAGAAGAGGUGGUGGCAGAAGAGGAGGAGGAGAAAGAAGAGCCUGGACAAGUUGUUGUGGAGAGUGAGAGUUAUGUGAACUUGAAGAAAAAGCUUUCCAAAAAAUAUGACGUGCAGGCAAAGUCUCUGUAUAAUGAAAAUGUUAAAAUCUGCGCACAGUUUCGGCAGAAAAAGUCUUCCAGGCACUUCCAGUCCAUGCUGUAUGAAAGACAGAAGCUCCCUGCAUGGCAAGAGAGAGAAAACAUUCUGGGUUUGCUUGAGAGUCACCAAGUUCUUGUUGUGAGUGGCAUGACAGGAUGUGGGAAAACCACUCAGAUUCCUCAGUUUAUCUUGGAUGCUUCAUUGCAAGGCUCUCCAAGCAGAGUUGCAAACAUCAUCUGCACUCAGCCUCGCAGGAUCUCUGCCAUUUCCGUGGCUGAACGUGUAGCCAAGGAAAGAGCAGAAAGGAUUGGACUCACUGUUGGAUAUCAGAUCCGUCUGGAAAGUGUAAAGUCCUCAGCUACCAGGCUUUUGUACUGCACUACUGGUGUGCUGUUGAGAAGGCUGGAAGGAGAUCUGACUUUGCAGGGAGUCACUCAUGUUAUUGUUGAUGAAGUUCACGAAAGAACAGAAGAAAGUGACUUCCUGCUGCUGGUUUUGAAGGAUAUAAUGGUUCAGAGGCCAGACCUGCGCAUUAUACUGAUGAGUGCCACCCUGAAUGCUGAGCUUUUCUCUCAGUACUUUCACUCCUGUCCAAUCAUUAACAUACCAGGUCGAACAUUUCCUGUGGAGCAGUUUUUUCUGGAAGAUGUGAUUGCAAUGACAAGGUAUGCUUUAGAGGACAGCAGUCCCUAUAGGAGGAAGGUAAAGCAAGAACAGAGUGACAGACACAAAAGAACUGCAUUUGAAGAAGUAGAGGAAGAUCUGAGGCGUGCUGGCCUUCUGGAAACCACUGAUACAGUGGUCAGAGAUUCAGACCCAGACCAGAAAUUAACUCUGAAGCAGCUCCUUACACGAUAUAAAGGGGUCAGCAAGGCAGUGUUAAAAACAAUGUCAGUCAUGGACUUGGACAAAGUUAAUCUAGAAUUAAUUGAAGCCUUGCUGGAAUGGAUAGUUGCUGGCAGACAUUCAUACCCCCCAGGUGCUGUGUUGGUAUUUUUGCCUGGCCUGGCAGAAAUCAAGAUGCUUUAUGAGCAGCUUCAGACUAAUGCUCUUUUUAAUAACAGGCACAGCAAGAGGUGUGUGGUUUAUCCACUUCAUUCCUCACUGUCCAGUGAAGAGCAGCAGUCUGUGUUCCUCAGGCCUCCUGCAGGAGUUACCAAAAUUAUCAUCUCUACCAACAUUGCAGAGACAUCUGUCACCAUCGAUGAUGUGGUCUACGUGAUUGACUCUGGAAAAAUGAAAGAGAAAAGAUAUGACCCAAGCAAAGGAAUGGAAAGUCUGGAGGACACCUUUGUGUCCAAGGCCAGCGCUCUGCAGAGGAAAGGGCGGGCAGGACGUGUGGCCUCGGGCGUCUGCUUCCAUCUCUUCAGCAGCCACCACUACAACCACCAGCUUGUAAAACAGCAGCUGCCAGAAAUACAGAGGGUGCCCUUGGAGCAGCUGUGUCUGAGAAUUAAGAUCCUGGAGAUGUUUUCUGAGCAGAGUCUUCACUCUGUCUUCUCACGACUGAUCGAGCCCCCUAGGACUGAGUCUUUGCAGGCAUCAAAGGUGCGACUGCAGGACCUGGGAGCCUUAACUGCUGAUGAGAAGCUCACCCCUCUGGGAUACCACUUGGCUUCGCUGCCUGUGGAUGUCAGGAUUGGCAAACUCAUGUUGUUUGGCACCAUCUUCCGCUGCCUGGAUCCUGCGCUGACCAUAGCAGCCAGCUUGGCCUUUAAGUCACCUUUUGUGUCACCAUGGGAUAAAAGGGAAGAAGCAAACAAAAAGAAGCUGGAGUUUGCAGUAGGAAACAGUGACUACCUGGCCCUUCUCCAGGCCUAUAAGGGAUGGCGUUUAAGUAUCAAAGAGGGCUCUCAAGCAAGCUACAACUACUGCAGGGAGAACUUCCUGUCAGUAAGAGUUCUUCAGGAAAUUGCCAGCCUGAAGAGGCAGUUUGCAGAGCUGCUUUCUGACAUUGGCUUUGUGAAGGAGGGAUUGAGAGCCAGGGAUAUUGAGAAGAAGUGGUCCCAAGGAGGCGAUGGUGUGUUGGAUGCCACAGGAGAGGAGGCAAAUUCAAAUGCAGAGAACAUCAAGCUGAUCUCAGCUAUGUUGUGUGCUGCACUGUAUCCCAAUGUUGUCCAGGUGAAAAAGCCAGAGGGUAAAUACCAAAAGACCAGUACAGGAGCAGUCAAAAUGCAACCAAAAGCAGAAGAGCUGAAGUUUGUUACUAAAAAUGAUGGUUAUGUUCAUAUUCAUCCUUCAUCUGUGAAUUAUCAGACCAGGCACUUUGAGAGCCCGUACCUGGUGUACCACGAGAAGAUCAAGACGAGCCGCGUGUUCAUCCGCGACUGCAGCAUGGUGUCCGUGUACCCGCUGGUGCUGCUGGGCGGCGGCCAGGUGCACAUCCAGCUGCUCAAGGGCGACUUCGUCAUUUCCCUGGAUGACGGCUGGAUACGCUUCGUGGCUGCCUCUCACCAGGUGGCCGAGCUGGUGAAGGAGCUGCGCUGUGAGCUGGACCAGCUGCUGCAGGAUAAAAUCAAGAAUCCCAGCAUGGAUUUGUGCAUGUGCCCCCGUGGCUCUCGGAUCAUUGGGAUGAUUGUCAAGCUUGUGACCACGCAGUGA